AUGUUGAGCGCUGACGCCUCCGGGAGGACAUUCGUCUACAAUGGGAAGGAGAUCAAGUUCGCCGCAAAUCUGUUAACCUUUAAGGGCUUCCUCUAUGAGGCCGUGGGCAUGAUUGCGUCAGCUGCCUCGAGAGACUCCCACCACCUCGUGGGCGUCUGCUUCGAGCAGCUGUGCUUCGUGACCUUCAGGCAGCCAAUCGAGUGCCAGGAAGCCACCCUUCAGGAGUGUAAGAAAUCCGCAGAGGAGAUUCCUGCCCAUCAGGAGACCUGCAGGCAGCCAAUCGAGUGCCAGGAAGCCACCCUUCAGGAGUGUAAGAAAUCCGCAGAGGAGAUUCCUGCCCGUCAGGAGACCUGCGAGAACACUUUCAGGCAGCCAAUCGAGUGCCAGGAAGCCACCCUUCAGGAGUGUAAGAAAUCCGCAGAGGAGAUUCCUGCCCGUCAGGAGACCUGCGAGAACACUUUCAGGCAGCCAAUCGAGUGCCAGGAAGCCACCCUUCAGGAGUGUAAGAAGUCCGCAGAGGAGAUUCCUGCCCGUCAGGAGACCUUCAGGCAGCCAAUCGAGUGCCAGGAAGCCACCCUUCAGGAGUGUAAGAAAUCCGCAGAGGAGAUUCCUGCCCGUCAGGAGACCUGCGAGAACACUUUCAGGCAGCCAAUCGAGUGCCAGGAAGCCACCCUUCAGGAGUGUAAGAAAUCCGCAGAGGAGAUUCCUGCCCGUCAGGAGACCUGCGAGAACACUUUCAGACAGCCAAGCGAGUGCCAGGAAGCCACCCUUCAGGAGUGUAAGAAGUCCGCAGAGGAGAUUCCUGCCCGUCAGGAGACCUGCGAGAACACUUUCAGACAGCCAAUCGAGUGCCAGGAAGCCACCCUUCAGGAGUGUAAGAAGUCCGCAGAGGAGAUUCCUGCCCGUCAGAAGUCCAGCGAGAAGCCCCAUCAGCCAAGCCAGCCUUCCCUUGAGUGGCUGAAGAAAGUUUCCGCGAUCCUUGACACGAAAGAGCGUAAGCAACUGUUCAAGGCUUAG